AUGGCAGCAGUCCUGAUUCUCCUGACCUUUCUUCUGCCGCUUGGAGCUGGUGCAGAGGAGAUCAUCGGGGGCCAUGAGGUCAAGCCCCACUCCCGCCCCUACAUGGCAUUUAUUGAAUUUGUGAAAGAUGAUGGGAAAAGGUAUCGCUGUGGAGGCUUCCUGGUGAAAGACAACUUCGUGCUGACAGCUGCUCACUGCAUGGGAAGCUCAAUGAGAGUCACUCUAGGAGCCCACGACAUCAGCAUCCAGGAGGAGACCCAACAGAUUCUCGCUGUGGCAGAUGCCAUCCCACACCCAGACUACAAUCCUAAUGAUAUUUCCAAUGACAUCAUGCUCUUAAAGCUGGAGAGGAAGGCCAAGAGGACUAAAGCUGUGAGCCCCCUCAACCUGCCCAGUAGCAAGGUCCAUGUGAAGCCAGGGGACAUGUGCUAUGUGGCUGGUUGGGGACAGUUGGCACCAAAGGGUAAAUUCCCAAAUACCCUACACGAAGUGGAGCUGACAAUCCAGAAGGAUCAGGACUGUGAAUCCAAGUAUCCAGACGGUUACAACAAAGCCAUUGAGAUGUGUGUGGGGGACCCAAAGAUCAAGAGAGCUUCCUUUAUGGGGGAUUCUGGAGGACCUCUCGUGUGUAAAAAAGCAGCAGCGGGCAUCGUCUCCUAUGGACGUGCUGAUGGUUCAGCUCCAAGAGUCUUCACCAAAGUGUCAAGUUUCCUAUCCUGGAUAAAGAAAACGAUGAAACGCAGCUAACUACAGAGCAAACCAGACCCCUCCCUGACUCACCAUCUUCCCUACAGCUUAGUCCAGGACUGCCCUAGGACAGAAGCCAGCAUCUUAAUAAAGGUCUCUUUGC